AUGUUUCGCCAUGUGCUCGAUCAACCGCCGCUAGAGGAUACGGAUGGACCAAUAACCCUCAUAAUGUCACCCACCAGAGAAUUGUGUAUGCAGAUCGGCAAAGAUAUCAAGAAAUUUGCUAAAUCUUUGGGGUUGAGGGUUGUAUGUGUGUAUGGUGGUACGGGUAUAUCCGAACAGAUUGCGGAGUUGAAACGCGGUGCCGAGAUUAUAGUCUGCACGCCGGGUCGUAUGAUCGACAUGCUGGCUGCAAACUCGGGCCGUGUGACUAAUUUGCGUCGUGUCACGUACGUGGUGCUCGAUGAGGCGGAUCGUAUGUUCGAUAUGGGGUUCGAACCGCAGGUAAUGAAGAUCAUAGAUAAUGUGCGACCGGACCGACAGACUGUCAUGUUCAGUGCUACAUUCCCUAGACAAAUGGAGGCACUCGCUCGCCGCAUACUGCAGAAACCUAUUGAAAUACAGGUUGGUGGCAGAAGCGUAGUGUGUAAGGAAGUGGAACAGCACGUGGCAAUUCUAGAAGAGGACGCGAAGUUCUUCAAGUUGUUAGAACUGCUAGGCUUAUACAGCCAGAUGGGCAGCAUUAUAGUGUUUGUGGAUAAACAGGAGAACGCUGAUAGCCUGCUAAAAGACCUCAUGAAGGCGUCUUAUUCUUGUAUGAGUUUGCAUGGAGGCAUUGAUCAAUUCGACAGGGACUCGACGAUAGUGGACUUCAAGUCGGGCAAGGUGCGGCUGCUGGUGGCCACUAGUGUGGCGGCUCGCGGUCUCGACGUCAAGCAGCUCGUGCUCGUCGUCAACUACGACUGCCCCAAUCACUACGAGGACUACGUGCACAGAUGCGGUCGUACAGGCCGGGCGGGUAACAAAGGCUACGCUUGGACAUUCCUCACGCCAGAGCAAGGUCGCUACGCGGGUGACGUCCUACGAGCGUUCGAGCUGGCCGGUGCUACACCGCCGCCGGAAUUGAGACAGUUGUGGGAACGUUACAAAGAGGCGCAAGAGAAAGAGGGCAAGAAAGUGCAUACCGGAGGAGGUUUUAGUGGUAAAGGUUUUAAAUUCGACGAAUCUGAAGCUCAAGCCGCAUCGGAAAAAAAGAAGUAUCAAAAAGCUGCGCUAGGCCUCCAGGAUUCUGAUGACGAGGACGUGGAAGGCGAUUUGGAUCAACAAAUAGAAACCAUGCUAGCUGCUAAGAAGAUUGUUAAGGAAAUCAAGCCGGGUGCGGUGGGCGCGGCGGCGGGCGCGGCAGGCGGCGCGGGAGGGGCGGGCGCGGACGGCAAGCUGGAGCUGGCGCGGCGGCUGGCCUCGCGCAUCAACCUGGCCAAGGGACUCGGUGUCGAGCACAAGGGCGCCACGCAGCAGGCCGCCGAGGCCAUCCUCAAGGGCUCGCUCUCCGCGCACACGCUCAUCACCGCGAAGACCGUUGCGGAGCAGUUGGCUGCGAAGCUGAACACGCGGCUGAACUACCAGCCGCGCGACGAGAGCAACGCCGAGCCGGCCGAGGAGGUGUUCCGCAAGUACGAGACCGAGCUCGAGAUCAACGACUUCCCGCAGCAGGCACGCUGGCGGGUCACCAGCAAGGAGGCGCUAGCAUUAAUCAGCGAGUAUUCAGAAGCAGGAAUAACUGUACGCGGUACGUACGUACCACCGGGCAAAGCACCGCCAGAGGGCGAAAGGAAAUUAUACCUUGCGAUAGAGAGCUCACAAGAACUAGCGGUCGCUAAAGCGAAGUCUGAAAUAACGCGCCUCAUCAAAGAAGAACUGCUCAAACUCCAGUCCUCUGCACAUCACAUGAUUAAUAAAGCAAGAUAUAAAGUUAUAUAG